AAUUUAGACGAAGACGUGGGGUCCAGAUCCGAUUUGACGAAUGGCAGUAGCGCGCCAACUUUAUUGAAGACUAGAUUUGGCCGACAAUACGGAUCCAUAUUCGAGCUACUCGUUCAUUUCAGCGCUCGCUGACCUCCAACACCUUCAUCUGCCGCGACCUGCACCAACUGGAAGUUGACAAAUGGCAAUCUCAUACAAGUACGAUAAAGUCUCCGAGUCAGACUCCAUACCGGAAUUAAAAGGUCAUCCUUAUCCUCGUUCGAAAGCGAAAUUGGCUCUCUACCUCGUCACCGCCGCCCUGCUCGGAUUCCUCUCCUCGUCAGUCUUGUCGUAUAUAUCGCACCUCCCGCCCACCAAGCUCCACUGUGGUAGUUCCUACGCCGAUGCUCAAGCCCUCGGCUGCAAAUUCGACCUUCUCUCAAGCGGCUGGAUACCACACGAAUGCUUCGACGAAGCCUCCGAGACAGAGUACCGCGAAUGGAUCCUGAACACCAACAACAGCCGCAGAGGCCCCUUUCCCUACUUCAAGGACAAAGAACUCACCCAACCAAUUGAAGGCAUCGACGCUUUAUCGAGAUACGAAGAUCUGGUUUAUACUACGAUGGAGGAGCAUUUGGCGCAUUGCACACAACUCAUGCGGAGGACGCAUAGGGCGGCGGUCAGCAGGGGCAGAAUGGCGGGAUUGAAUAUGGAUCAAGAUGAAGGAGGGGCGGUCAUUGAUAGCAGCCACAUUGCACAUUGCGUCAAGAUGAUCUGGAGGACGGAUGAGUACUUGACGAAGUAUAACUAUACAACUUUUGGGAUCAAAUCUUUAUCGUGUUGAAUAGGAAUAUCUCGAGUACCUUAAAGAUGC